GGGAGGGUAUUCCAGGAAGUGCCGCGAGAGAUAAAACAUAAAACUGAAAACAAAGGCGAGACGCGCGCGGUAAGCAGGUCGUAAGAUAUUAAAUUCAGACAACGUCUGGGAUGCAUUAACCAGGCUUAAAAGCUUGAUCUUCGUUCUCGUGCUUCCAGUUGAAAUUGUGAGCACUUUGCAAUGGAAACGGACACAGAAAUGCUGAUCAAAGACAAUUGGACAAAUCUAAUUUAUUCUGUUGACCGCAAGAUCACCCGGACAGCCAUCUCACUUGCACAGAAAGUGGAGAUUCUGGAAAAACUCGGGGACCCCAUCGUCAAAAGGAAAGACAUUGCAAGCGAAUAUGGCCUGUCUGUCUCCACAAUUAGCAAACUACUAAAGAACAGAGAUGAUAUUAUGCAUGAGUGGCAUCGUGGAGCCAACCAGGACCGGAAGAGGAAACGCUUAGGGAAGGUCCAGUCUGUGGAUGAAGCUUUACUGCGCUGGUUUGCCAUCGCAAAAGAGAAGGAAGCUGUCAUCACAGGACCCAUACUGAUGGCUAAGGCCAAGAGUCUCGCCGAAACGUUGGGUGUGGAAUUCAACCCUUCUCAGGGCUGGCUACAGCGCUGGAAAGAUAGGAACAAUAUUGUCAUUAAGCGAGUCCAUGCGGAAAAAAGCCAGACAGAUGGUAGUACCUCUGACUGGCCCCCUACCUUACUGCCUACGAUCCUGAGCAGAUUCACCCCUGAGGAACGACACACAUGGCUCCAGCACACAGUGGAGGCAAGAAACUGCAAGGAGGAGAGCGAUGAAGACUCUACCUCCACAGCUCCCAUCCUGCCUUCUGUUGUGAGUGGACUGUUGCCUGAAGAAAAGCAGGCAUUGCUCCAAAACGUGAAGGAAAGCAGUGGGGCAGUAGAGGAGACGGGCCAAGCUGGAGAAAACUGCGCAGGCAGAAGAUCUCCGGAUCAACAGACCAAUUUGCCAGCUGCUCUGGGCAUGCUCUCUCCAGAACUUCUGCAGAACUGUCUGCAGAGCUGGCUCGCGAGGAAGGUGGUGAAGGGAUCUCUCAAGGAGCAGUGUGACCUGGACGUCUUCUCAACAGAGCAGUGCACUCAUGCCAUCAUGCCUUUUAUUCUGAGUGGACUGUCUCCAGAAGAACAGGAGCGCUGGCAUCGACACUUGAGGGAGAAACCCAGGACACAGGACGGACGUUCGGCGUCACAGCCGCCAGAGAAGCCACUAACCAGCAGAUCAGAAGAGCAGCAAGCUGUCUUGCAAAGAAACAGCAACCUCCUGCAAGAUGGUGAAGGUUCAGAGAGCAAGGCAAGACUGUGCAGGUAUUCCACUGAACAGCGACAGGUUUGGAUACAGCAGUUAAAAGAAAGGAACUCCCCUGCUGGAAAGAGUGAUGAAACUGGGCGAGAUCUAGAUGGAUCUCCAGAUACUGUUCCCCAGGACAGUGAUGAAGAAGAGCUGGAGCCACCUGCCAGCGAAGCAGAGGUCUCUUACUGCCUGCGCCGGAUACACAGCUUCCUAAAGCAGCACGAGGCUGACCACCUUGGACACUUCCGUACAUUUGAGAGCUACCUUCAAACCUUAAUGACAACAGACUGCAAAACUAAAGAAAAAUGUUGAUUGGGUUAAUGUUGGUCUGCACACCCAAGUGGGGGGCAAGCUGCUAUACUGUAAUGUGGUACAGCUACAACAACUGAUGUAAUUAGUUCUUCCAAAAUCCAUCCUAUGUGAAACUUUAUAUAGCAAGCAGCCAGGCUGGGAAGUAAAUCCAGUUGUUCUUCCACUGUUACUGUUACACUGCUGUACGCUCAUAGACACGAUGCUAUAAAAGAAAGUAUUACAAUCUUGAAGCAGUGUGACUGGAUUAGGGUUGAGAAAUGCAAUACCUAAAAAAAUACUACAUGCUGGCAGAACUGUAAAAAAAUAUUAUUUUCUUAACUUAAAUGUGAUUUUUUUUUUUUUUUAAAGUGUGUUUCUAUAGAGUAGAGCAGAAUUGGUGCGCUUUUUCAUUCUAUUAUAUUGUUUUUGACAUUUCUAACAAAUAAAAUCCUAAUAGCUGCUUAAAUAUAAUACAGCAAGCACCGGUAGAUCAUCAAAAUAUCAUCCAUAACCAUUAUUCAAUGAUGCUGCUUCAUUUAGAAAUACAACAAGAAGCUUCAAUUCAAUGACAAACAUCUCCAUGUGUUUUUCAAAGUGUUCUUCGAGUCUAAACAUUUGUCAUUCAAUUCCAGCUUUGUUUUGUAUUUCUGGUUUUAUAAUUAGGGCUU